AUGAAAAGAAUCUAUAAGAGCUUUGGAUUUGAAUAAAAAUCAUAUUCCAUUUAGAGGAUCUAAAUUGACAUUAGUUUAAAGGAUUCUUUUAUUGGAAAUUGUAAAACAGUUAUGAUUGGUAAUUUCUCACCUUCUAAUUCAUCAUCUGAACAAACUCUCAAUACAUUAAGAUAUGCUGAUAAAGUAAAAAACUUAAAGGAUUAAGUAACUUCAUUAGAUUAAUUGGCAAGAGAAUUAAAGUUGCCAAGAUAAUAAUAAUCUGUUAAAACGUAGAAAUAAUAUCAAAAUUCAUAAUCAUAAGAAGAAUAACUUAAUCCAUUUAAAAAUAAUCCUUUACAAAAAUUAUUAAAAUUAAAAUCUAUUUCAAUAACCUUAACUUUUAAAUUUAUAAAAUUAGGUAACUGGAAUGAUGGUAUUAUAUAAAUUUAUAUACUUUUAAUUAAACUUAAAUUCUAAUUAAUAAUAAUACUUCAAACUUAAAAUAUCAUAAUAAUCCUAAUAAACUACAUGUACUUUUUAAAAUUAUAUGUAACCUACACCUCAUUAACUAGUUAUUCCUUUAUAAUAAUAAUAAUAAUUCAAAAUGAAUGA